AUGAAGGCCAUACUCACAAGCAAUGUGAGUCUUGAAGAAGGAGCAAUGAUGAUUACAAAGGAGUGUAGUGCCAUACUUCAGAAUCGCAUGCCAGAGAAGCUGAACGACCCAGGGAGUUUUGUUUUGUCUUGCAAGAUCGGUUCUACACACUUCCAUAGAGCACUUUGUGAUUUGGGUUCAAGUGUGAACCUAAUGCCUUACUCAGUGGCCAAGCUAUUGGGCAUCACUGACUUCAAACCUACAAAGAUAUCUCUAGUCUUUGCAGACAGAUCUGUUCGCCGCCCUGUUGGUGUUAUUAUGGAUGUUCCAAUCAUGGUUGGAGAUUGCUACAUCCCUGCUGAUUUUGUAGUUCUUGAGCUGGAACACCAACCUAAAGACCCUCUUAUCUUGGGAAGGCCAUUCCUAGCUACUGCAGGAGCUAUAAUAGAUGUCAAGAAUGGAAAGAUUGACUUGCAUCUUGGAGAUAUAGUGAUGAAUUUCGAAGUAAACAAGUCUAUGGAGAAGCCAACUGUAGAUGGUCAAGCUUUUUGGAUUGGAGAGCUCGCAGAGACAAGAGAAGAAGUGCUGGAUGAACUCCUUCUUAUUGAUCCCUUGGAGCUAGCUUUGACAAAGGCUGAGAAUGAGUAUGGAUACAUGGAAAGAGAAGCUCAAUGCUUAGUCAAGUUCAUGGAUUCAAAGGAAGCUUAUAAAGAGCUGAUAGCUUAUAUGGACUUAGAGAGAGAAGAGGAAGAGCCAGACAUUGACAAGAAUCAGGAAAUAUCACAAACCAAGUUAAGUUCGACCCAUGGUGCCCACUUAGAGCUCCCAAAAGCCGAGCUCAAACAACUCCCAGUUGGUCUAAGGUAUGAAUAUCUUGGUCCUAAUGAAACAUAUCCUGUUAUUGUUAAUGCUGCACUAACAAAAGAAGAGACCGCUUUACUUGUUCGCGAACUGAGAAAGCAUAGAAAGGCUCUUGGUUACUCUUUGGAUGAUUUAACAGGAAUCUCACCUGAACUAUGCACACAUCGCAUCAUCCUGGAGGAUGAGUCUAGUUCUUCAAUUGAACACCAAAGGAGGCUAAACCCAACCUAA